ACAGAAAUCAUUUUAUCCAAAUCAGCAGAUGGCCUAAUGGCGUAGACAUUUGCGGAUCAUGUUUUGCUGCUUAGGUUCUGACAGGGAGGAGGAUGCUGUCUUUGUUGAUGCCACCAGCGUUCUUGCUGAGGGCACUGAGCUCCAAGACGGUUCCUCAUACAAAGGCCAAUGGCAGGGUACUCUGCCGCACGGAUAUGGCGUGCAGGUUUGGAAGGAUGGUUCCAAGUAUACCGGCAAUUGGAAAGCUGGACAAUUCAACGGCAACGGAAGGUUUGAACAUAGCAACGGUGACAUUUACGAGGGCGACUUUCUGAAUGGAGCUGCCCAUGGCCAAGGUACAUACACGCAGGCCUCUGGAGCCAAGUAUACCGGCCAAUGGCACAAGGAUCAGAAGCAUGGAGAAGGAUCGGAAGAAUGGCCUGAUGGCACCAGGUACGAAGGCCAAUACAUGAACGGUGACAAGACCGGUUUGGGCAAGUUGACCUGGUCUGAUGGGUCAUACUACGAAGGUGAAUUUAAGAGCCGACACAUCGAUGGAAAAGGCAAGUACUGCUGGGCCGAUGGGCGUUACUUCGAGGGAGAGUGGCUACUUGAUCAGAUCCACGGCAAAGGUCAGUUUAACUGGCCAGAUGGUCGUAUCUAUGUUGGAGAGUAUAGCUUCGACAAGAAGCACGGUUCCGGCACUUUCCAAUGGCCAGAUGGGCGGAGGUAUGAAGGAGAAUGGGCUUAUGGUCUACAGCAUGGUAAAGGCUGCCUUUCGAAGCCUGACGGCUCCCGAGAAGAUGGUGCCUGGAGUGAAGGGAAGUUUCAAGGUGAAGCACGCACGGUGUCCAAGAAGCUACUAGCGAGCAGCUAGGCAGCCUGUCCAGUGUCCAGGGCAGAAAGACGUCGUUUGGGGAAAAGCUACAUGAAAGCAACAGCUCCAGGAGAUCCAGGAGAUUCCCCGUGGUGG